GCGGUUGUUGACAACAUGGCCGCCGCUGGCGGCUCCGCGGGAGGAAGAGGCGGAGGGAGAGGCGGCGGCGGGCGGAGGAAGGAGUCUCAUUCAUAGGGAGCUCGGCUCGCUGCCCUCACCCCCUCCCUCCCCUCCUUCCCCCUCCCCAGCGGCCGCCUCGCCCCCUCCGCGGCACCAUGUCCUUCUUCAGGCGGAAAGGUAGAGGCGCGGCGGCUGGGAGGCCUGCGGCUGAGGGGCGGCUGCCGGCCUCGUCCCCCGCACGGCUGGUGGGCCCCGGCCCUGCCCCUCCGGCCACGGUGACCGGGCCCCGAGAGGAAGCUCGGCCCCUGAGGAGCGGCCUCCCCGCAAACGACGUCAAAGGCAAAGAACAAGAAAAGACCACAGAUGUGAAAGCAAUUAAAACUCCAGUACCAGUACAUUCCCCUCAACGAAGCACUAGAAAUCAUGCCUUGCUGGAGGCUGCAGGACCAAGCCAUGUGGCAAUUAAUGCCAUCUCUGCCAACAUGGACUCUUUCUCUAGCAGUCGGACAGCUGCCCUGAAGAAGCAGCCAAGUCACAUGGAAGCUGCUCAUUUUGGAGACUUAGGCAGAUCGUGUCUGAAUUAUCAGGCUCAAGAGACCAAAUCAAGCCUUUCAAAGACCCUUGAACAAGUUCUGCAGGACAAUGUAGCCCUUCCUUAUUUUAUCCAGUUUAUGGAACUGCGCAGAAUGGAACACUUGGUUAAGUUUUGGUUAGAGGCUGAAAGCUUUCACUCCACAACAUGGUCCCGUAUAAGAGCACAUAGCCUGAACACAGUUAAGCAGAGUUCGUUGGCAGAGCCAGUGUCACCCUCCAAACAGCAGGAAAUUGCACUGUCUUCUCCAACUGGAUUGCUUGAGGAGAGACUGGAGGAUUCUAGCACAGUCCAUCUGCUCAGGACCAAGCCAGUGACUUCGACCAAGAACGACAGAACUAGCAACAGCCAGAACCACGUGCUCUUGGGUCAGGAUAGUGAUAAUAGCAGUGUUUUUUGUCUAAGAAAAUCCGAGGCAGGGACUUGUUCUUUUCCAGCUGAUCAGCAAGAAUCUUCCAAGCUUUCAGUAUCAAAUAGAAGCAGCCCCUCCUCUGCACUAAAAGACUUGUCAGGAAAACUCAUGAAAAGUAUAGAACGGGAUGCAGUUAGUACUUUUACCAAAUAUAUUUCUCCAGAUGCUGCUAAACCAAUACCUAUAACAGAAGCAAUGAGAAAUGACAUAGUUGCAAAGAUUUGUGGGGAAGAUGGACAAGUGGAUCCCAACUGCUUUGUUACAGCACAGUCAAUAGUGUUUAAUGCAAUGGAACAAGAGCACUUUAGUGAGUUUUUGCGAAGUCAUCAUUUCUGUAAAUACCAGAUUGAGGUGCUGACUAGUGGGACUGUUUAUCUGGCUGACAUACUUUUCUGUGAAUCAGCUCUCUUCUAUUUCUCUGAGUACAUGGAGAAGGAAGAUGCAGUUAACGUACUGCAGUUCUGGUUGGCAGCAGAUAACUUCCAGUCUCAACUUGCUGCCAAAAAAGGCCAGUAUGAUGGGCAAGAAGCACAGAAUGAUGCCAUGAUUUUAUAUGACAAGUACUUCUCCCUUCAAGCCACACAUCCUCUGGGGUUUGAUGACUCGGUGAGGUUAGAGAUCGAAUCCAACAUCUGCAGGGAAGGUGGUCCUCUCCCAAACUGUUUCACGACUCCCUUACGGCAGGCGUGGACCACCAUGGAGACGGUUUUUUUACCUGGUUUCUUGUCCAGCAACCUUUACUACAAAUACUUGAAUGAUCUCAUCCAUUCAGUACGAGGAGAUGAAUUUCCAGGAGGGAAUAUUGCACUGAGUAUUCAUGGCCCCAGUAGCUCUCCUGAUAGCGAUUCCAUAGGGGGCCCAGAUGGUUCUGCCUCCCAGUCCAAUGUCAAAAAGGCUAAUGUUAAAAUCCUGAAAAAUUUUGAUGAAGCAAUAAUUGUAGAUGCUGCAAGUCUGGAUCCUGAAUCUUUGUAUCAGCGAACAUACGCAGGGAAGAUGACAUUUGGACGAGUCAGUGACCUGGGACAGUUUAUCAGAGAAUCUGAACCAGAGCCUGAUGUCAAAAAAUCAAAAGGGUCCAUGUUUUCACAAGCGAUGAAGAAAUGGGUUCAGGGAAACACAGAUGAGGCUCAAGAAGAGAUGGCUUGGAGGAUAGCGAAGAUGAUAGUCAAUGAUGUUAUGCAGCAGGCACAAUGUGAACAGCCUUCGGAGAAGGUUACGAAGCUAUGAUUUUAGAAACACCAGAACAGGAAAUCUGUUUUUCCACUUUGAGAGUGAGUGAACUUUCCCUUUUGGUGGAUUCUUUAACACAGCCAAUAAGAACAAAGCACUGCUACUCCAACCGUUGAAAUCUCCCUCAUCUAGAAGGAAGAAUUAAAAAGAAGCAAUCCUGUACCUCCACCGUAGAGCGUGAAGAAACACUUUUUCCUGUUGUAUGUGGCAUUCACGAUAAUGAUGGGGUUUAGAGAUGAAGAUGCAGUUUAUGAAUGUGGCACUGAGGAACUGUGAUCAACUUCACAAACACUGACCCUCUCUCAAAAAGACUUUUAAGCAAAUUAUCUGGAAUGGGACACAAGCCACAACAAAGGGGAAGGUUUUGCCGUAGUUUCUAGUUCUACUACUUGUAAUUUUUAAACACAUAAUUGAGAAGGCCAGGGGAGCAUCCCUGACAUUGGCCCCUGGAGAAGUGAAGCUGAAACAGUGAAUUCAUUGGCAGUGAAUGACCUAAAAAGUUCUAAGUUUUAUUUUUCCUUACUUGAAAUAGAUGCAUAUUCAACUGUAAAAUAAAUGUGUUUUACUUCAUAACUACA